AUGGUGAACAACACAGAAUAUUACAAGAUAUUAGGGGUAUCUAAGGAUGCCUCAGAAGCCGAAAUCAAAAAGGCCUACAGAAAAGAGUCGUUAAAAUGGCACCCUGAUAAGAACCCAGGAGACAAGCGUGCGGCUGCCGAAGAGAAGUUCAAGAAGAUUGGUGAGGCCUACGAGGUUCUAUCGGAUCCUAACAAGAAAGAGGUAUACGAUCAGUUAGGUGAAGAAGGCCUCAAAGGAGGUGCUGGACCAGGCGGAGGAGGUUUCGAUCCUAAUGAUAUCUUCAAUGCAUUCUUCUCUUCAUCAGGCGGCGGAGGUGGUAUGGAAGACAUAUUUGGAGGUAUGGGCGGCGGUGGCGGUCGGGGAGGUCCAAGGAUGAGAUCAUCUCGUAUGGGAGGUGGUAUGGGUGGUAUGGGCGGUAUGGGUGGUAUGCCAGGUGGAUUGGGAGGAGAAUCACAUUCAUCAAAACCUCCACCUCCUGGAGAAAUCACCAAACCACUUGCUCUAACUCUCGAAGAACUGUAUAAAGGGGGAACGAAACGAUUGAAAAUCACCCGACAUCUCCAGACGGGUGGUCAAGAGGAGAAGAUACUGGAGGUUGCGUACAAAGCCGGUUGGAAGAAGGGUACGAAGAUUAAAUUUGCUGGAGCGGGUAAUGAGGAUGAAUAUGGACAAUCACAGACGGUCACUUUCAUCGUUGAAGAAAAACCACAUAAUCGAUUCGAAAGAAUAGACGACGACCUGUUAAUCAAAUUGAACAUCACCCUAUCUCAAGCAUUGCUAGGUCCAGAAGGUGGUGGAGCUAUAACGAAAGAAGUUGAACAACUGGACGGUAGACGUAUAACCGUAUCUACUCCUGAAGCUCAAAUCGUCCAACCAGGUCAAGAAACUCGAAUUCCCGGUGAAGGUAUGCCAGUAUCUAAAGUUGGUUCAGCCAAGAAGAAUGGUGAUUUGAUAGUUAGAUGGAAUGUCGUUUUCCCGACUAGGAUAACACCUGAACAGAAAAAGGAAUUGAGAAAGGUUCUUAAUUAG